AUGAGCCUUCUCCAUACGAUUGCGACUUCGCCAAAUCCCUCUGCUAUAUGCGCGCUCUCGCCAUCUUCCGAGAACUGCUUUAUCGCAUACCCGUUACCAAAACCUCGAGAAGACCCAGAUGCGAAUCGACCAGCUCAUGCUCCUCCUCAGUCCACUUUCGUUGCGCCUACGUCAGGCGAAGUCUUGAUCUUCGAUACCCUUACACUCAAAGCUGUCAACGUUAUCGAGGCGCAUCGAUCGCCACUGUGCUGCAUAUGUCUAAACAAUGAAGGAACAUUGCUGGCCACAGCUAGUGAGACGGGCACGAUCAUUCGCGUCUUCUCCGUGCCCAAGGGUCAAAAGUUAUAUCAAUUCCGGCGUGGUACCUACCCCUCCACCAUAUACAGUAUGUCCUUUAACCUCAGUUCGACUUUACUGUGCGUCUCUUCAACUUCGGACACAAUCCAUAUUUUCCGACUUGGAUCACCACCCGGAAAUACCACUCCAGCUGGUGCGCCCAUCGAACCACCCGCCUCACAACGUCAAGAUCGUUGGUCUCGAGCAAGAAGCUUCGAUGACCCUGAGUCUCCUGGUACUAGUACCGCAGCAGACUCGCCGAAGAACGAGCCAGCAGAUCUCAACGGCCCAGGGGUUGGAGUGGGCAACAACAAUCAAGGCCAUACACGGCAGAGCGGCUCUUUUAGCAGUAUGCUUCGCCGCUCUUCACAGAUAAUGGGACGCGGCGUUGCGGGAGUUAUGGGAUCGUACUUGCCACAGUCCGUAACAGAGAUGUGGGAACCAUUGCGAGAUUUUGCCUACAUCAAGAUACCUAAAUCUACUGCUCCUUCGGGGGCGUCGCGAGCUUUGCGGGAGGCCCCAGGUGGUCCUCUGCGCAGCGUUGUAGCCAUGAGUAGUAGCAGCCCACAAGUCAUGGUCGUAACAAGCGACGGAGGCUUUUACGUCUACAAUAUCGACAUGGAACAGGGCGGAGAAGGUUACCUUGUAAAACAAUUUUCUGUCUUGGAAGGCGACGACAAGAGUGACGCUUCGGGGUAUGGGAGCUAG